GAAGUUUACAGAGAAAUUCCAAGAGAGAGAGAAGGGGAGAGAGAGAACCAGAGCCCACCACUUUCUUCCUCUUCGUCCUCCUCUUCCUCCUUCCUUUCACGCGGAUUUGGCUUAAACUUUUCCCAGGUAUUCUUUUCCACCCAAUAUAUCUUUGAAUCCCCCGUUUCUCAACGCACCCAGAGAAAUUCCAGACGUCGGUGGUCAAGCGAAAAUCUAUACAUACCCACGAGAAAUUUCAGAGAUCGGAGUUACAAGGAGGUGUGUAGAGAGAGAAACCUAUAGAUAUAGAGAGAGCGGGGGGCGGGAGAAAGUGCAGAAAUUGAAGAAAUAGGUGGUGCAAAGAAAAGAAAGGAUAGAGAGAAGUUCGUGCGUAGAUAUCUGUACAGAGGAGAAGCAUAUAUAUAUAUAUAUAUUGAUGGCGUCGGCGGCGAUUUUUUCGUCGCUGAGGAGGAGGAGGUCGCCGUCGCUGGAGGCGUUUCUGGCACCGGUGGAUCUGACGGAGGCGGCGCUGGUGGAAACCCUAGCGGCGGUCUCGGGCGAGCUGGUGUCGUCGUUUUCCGGGAAAACGCUGGCGUUUCAGCGCCGGAAUUCGCGCUCUUUGGUUCGCAAGGUCGAGGUCUUCCUCGUCCUGUUGGACCAUCUUCGCGAAUCGGGUCUCGGUUCGGGUCUCUCCGCGACGGCGAUUCUCUGCUUGAAGGAAUUGUAUUUGCUGCUGUAUCGGUCCAAGAUGCUGCUCGAGUACUGCUUUCUUUCGAGUAAGUUGUGGCUUUUGCUUCAAAACCAUUCGAUUUCGGGCCAUUUUCAUGAUCUGAGCCAAGAGAUUUCCACUCUUCUGGAUGUGUUUCCCUUGGAAGAGUUGAAUUUGAGCGAUGAUGUUAGGGAACAGGUUGAAUUGUUGCAAAAGCAAUCGAGACGGUCUAAGUUGUUUAUUGAUAAACAUGAUGAUGAAUUGAGGCUCAAAUUCUAUUCGUUUCUUGAUAAGUUUGAGAACGGGAGGGUUCCCGAUCCGGUAGAACUGAAUUCCUUUUUCGUGGAGGAAUUGGGAAUUCGGGGUUCGAGAAGUUUCCGGCUAGAAAUUGAGUUUUUGGAAGAGCAGAUUGUGAAUCAUGAAGGGGAUAUUGAGCCAACGGUAUCGGUGCUUAAUGGGUUUGUGGCGUUGAUUCGGUAUUGCAGGUUCUUGUUGUUUGGGUUUGAUGAGGAUGAAAUGGGAUUGAGAAGUGGGAAGCAGAGGAAAGUUAAAAAGGGUCUGAUUACUCAAGAAAUUGCAGAGACAUUUCUCACAAUCCCAAAGGAUUUCUGUUGCCCAAUAUCGUUGGAUUUGAUGAGAGACCCGGUGAUAAUUUCGACAGGGCAGACGUAUGAUUGGGCUUCCAUAUCGAGGUGGAUAGAUGAAGGACAUUGUACUUGCCCAAAGACAGGGCAGAUGCUUGUUCACACCCGGCUUGUUCCGAAUCGGGCUCUCAGGAAUUUGAUUGUGCAGUGGUGCACUGCUCAUGGGAUACCUUAUGAACCGCUCGAGAAUGUGGAUGCUUCUACGGAAACUUUUGCAGCUUCAGCAAGCAAAGCUGCAAUUGAAGCUAACAAGGCCACUGCAGCUCUUCUCAUUCAACAGCUAGAGCUUGGGUCAGAGGGGGCAAAAACUAUUGCUGCUCGUGAGAUACGCUUGUUGGCCAAAACUGGAAGAGAAAACCGGGCCUAUAUCGCAGAAGCUGGGGCGAUCCCCCAUCUGAAAGGGCUGCUAUCGUCUCCAAAUGCUAUUGCACAAGAGAACUCUGUGACAGCAAUGCUCAAUUUAUCAAUAUAUGACAAGAACAAGAGCCGAAUAAUAGAUGAAGAAGGAUGUUUAGGAUGUAUUGUUCAAGUUUUGAGACAUGGGCACACGACCGAGGCAAGGGAAAAUGCUGCAGCGACGCUGUUUAGCCUAUCUGCUGUUCAUGAUUAUAAAAAGAGAAUAGCGGAUGAGGAUGGUGCAAUUGAGGCUUUGGCUGGGAUGUUGAGGGAAGGGACGCCCAGAGGGAAGAAGGAUGCUGUCACAGCUUUAUUUAAUCUAUCUACCCAUGCGAAUAACUGUGUGAGAAUGAUAGAGUCGGGGGCUGUAACUGCACUGGUGGAAGCUUUGGGGGUUGAGGGUGUUGCUGAGGAAGCAGCGGGCGCAUUGAAUUUGGUUGUUAGGCAACCAAUUGGCGCUACAGCAGUUGGGAAUGAGGAAACGGCAGUACCUGGAUUGUUAGGAAUGAUGCGAUGCGGGUCUGCAAGGGGAAAAGAGAAUGCUGUAGCAGCAUUGCUUGAGUUGUGUCGCAGUGGUGGGGCAGCUGCAACUGAGAGGGUGCUGAAGGCGCCUGCUUUGGCCGGUUUGCUGCAGACCUUGCUCUUCACAGGAACAAAGCGUGCAAGGAGAAAGGCGGCAUCACUUGCCAGAGUUUACCAGAGGCGCGAGAAUGCAGCAUUGCAUUUUGGAGGAUUAGGAAUAGGGUAUGCCUUGUCAGGGAACUCAACUGCGAAUAGAGAUACAAAUUUUGCUGGUGAUGUCUCGGUGUCCAUGUCCAUUUCAGUGCCAGUUCUAUAGGGGUAAUACCUGCUCUUAUGUUGCUCUCCUCCCCAUUUCAUUAUCUUCCCAUUUUUGUUGUAACAUCCAUAUAUUCAUUCAUUGAAACACGAAACAUGAAAAAAACCAGAAAAUUUAUACUAAUAUCCUCACGUGUCUGGAAAGAAUGGCAUAUUGUUCCUAUGUCCAUACUGAGAUGGCCAGACGUCCAUACAGUGAUAUCCAAAAUUAUUCUUAUGAAAAAUAAUGCACCUUUGUUUAGUCUGUAUCUCAAGACUUUUGAUGGAUUUUUCCAUUUAGUGACAAUAUGCUAAUAAUGGAAAAACACUUCAAACGGUA